UCGGCGCCCCCAAAUCGCCUCCCUCCAAUGGUGGCAGCCUCGCCUCCCUCCCUCCACCUCGCCCUCCUCCUCUUUGCAGCCCACGCGGCCGUCGGCGGCGCCGCGGGGGCGGUCGGGGUGAGCGGAGGCGGGCAGCUGUGGUGCGUGGCGAAGAACAACGCCGAGGACGGCCCGCUGCAGUCGGCCAUCGACUGGGCCUGCGGCCCCAACGGCGGCGCCGACUGCCGUGCCAUCCAGCAGGGCGGCGCCUGCUACGAGCCGCCCGACCUCCUGGCGCACGCCUCCUACGCCUUCAACGACUACUUCCUCCGAUCCGGCGGCGCCGCCAGCCCCGCCGCCUGCGACUUCUCCGGCGCCGCCGCGCUCAUCGGCCUCAACCCUAGUCAUGGGAACUGCGUGUUUCCUUCCAGUUCAUCCCCCAGAAAUGGCAGCUUCACGGGAAUAACAACCUAUGGUCGCACCGGUGCAGAUUUAAGCCAAAGUUCUUCAUGGCAACUCGACACCCGGUCAUUUAUUUUGUGCAUGUCUCUGUCUGUAACAUUUUUUGUUGCCUCGCAUUUCUGAUGGGUUUGCUUAAACUCCUGUCUGCGUGUCAUGUAUAUGAUCAACCAUUGAGCUGCAGCAAUUCAGUGUGUUCUCUAUGUGGUGGAGCAUGGAGUGAGGAAAAAAGAUCCUCUCUCGGAUGGCUCCCCCCUUUUUUUCCUGGUCUUGCAAAUGAGCAAUCAGAGAGGUUCUUGCCGCCCCUCGUCUCAUGUAAUUGCAUUUUUUUUGCUUCAAUUUUAUGCAUUCAUUCACUUCCCAGUACAACA